AAAUGGUCAGACUCAUUUGAAGAUCUUAUGGCAGAUAAAAAUGGCCAGGAGUGUUUCAGGCAGUUUUUAAAAUCGGAAUUCAGUGAUGAGAAUUUUGAGUUUUGGGUCGCCUGCGAAAAUUUGAAGAAUAUGAGCAAUGAUGAGGCAGCCAUCGCAUCAGCUUGUCAGAAAAUCUUCAUGGAGUUCGUGUCGCUAAAAGCACCUCACCAGAUCAACAUUGACUCAACUACACGAGAAGAAACGCUAGACAACCUACAGCGGCCUUCACGAACCAUGUUCGAUAGAGCUCAAAGAAGGGUGGAGUACCUUAUGGAAAAAGACUCCUACGCCAGGUUCAUCAGCUCCGACCUCUACAGAAAUCUUCUCAAGUGGAAUCGAGUGAAGGAGUGA